GGGCUGCAUAUGUGUGUGAAAGAUACAGAAAAUAUUACUAUUCAUACGUUAAAAUCAUGAAUUGAGCUCUAAUGCGAUAUAUACUUUUCGCAUAAGCGUUAGUAUUUUUCUUCUUCCUGCUCUUCAUUGCAAUUGUGUUUGUGUGUUUGCUUUUGCAUUUGCUUGUGUGUGUGCGUGUAUGUGAGUGAGGAAAAAGACGCAACUUGAUGAGAAACACAUAAAUUAUUGCUAAACAACUACAAAAACAAACGAAAAACACCCAAAGCUGCAAAAGCAACAAACCAACAUGCGAGAAAUGAAAUCGAACUAAGAGCAACAACAAUUGCAUUCACACGCUUAAACGGGUGUUUGUGUGUCUGUUUGCAUGUGUGUGUGUGUGUGUUUAUUUCUUAAAUUUAGAAUAUGACGUUAGAGUGUGCUGUAUAAAUUCGAAGCGGAACGAAAAGGAGUGUGACCAGGUCAGCCUCCAAAUCUGCAUGUCCGAAUUUCUGUCGUCGCAUGCCAGCGGCACUGCGAACUCUGGCAAUGAGUUCGACAAUGAUCAAAGACUAACCCAGCAGCAGCAACAGAGAUUAUUGACGACGCGUAAACCACAAAAUCUAAAGCGAGAGCCUUUAGUUUUCUUCAUAAUGCGUCUAAAUCUGAAGGCGUUGCUGCUGUUUCUCACAGUGGCAGUAAUGGUCAUCACACUGGGUAUUUAUAUGCGCUGUGCGGCAUUCAGUUUUUCGCCGGACUUUAUGCGGCAGCUGGGCAGACAUCGACACGAUGUCGACACAAUCUCGGCCAGCUCAUCCUCAUCCGCUGGGCAGCAGCUGGGUGCGCCACUGCAGGACAUUGAGUGCGCCAUCAAUCAGGAGUACAGCAUUCACUGCAAGCGCGACGAGAACGCCAACGAGGUCUAUGUCCCAUUCUCGUUCCUGCGUCAGUAUUUCGAUGUGAGUGGUGCGGUGACGACGACAAACACUGGGAGCGAUCCUCCGGCCAAAUUCAAUUGGAUGCACAGCAACGCGAAGGUAAAUCUGCCCAAGGGCAAAUAUGAUCCGCGCGGCGUCUUCAUGUAUUUUGAGAACUACAAUGUAGAGGUGCGGGAUCGGGUGAAGUGCAUCAGCGCCGCCGAGGGUGUGCCAGUGAGCACCCAGUGGGAGAAACGUGGCUACUUCUAUCCCACCCAAAUAGCACAAUUCGCAUUGGCACACUACAGCAAGAAUCUGACGGAGCCGACGCCACGGAUUCACAUCCUCGAGGAUGCGGAUGGCAAUCAGUGCGAGUGGACAACGCCCAAGACCAGCAAUAUGACUCGCAUCUGGCACCACAAGUUCAACACGAGCAUUGUCCAGUUCGAGACGACCAUUGGCUACGAGAGCGCCAUCAGCAUCCAGCUGAAUCAGACACAGGAUCUGGUGCUCAGCGUCGAUCUGCUGCUGGUCACCAACAGCAGCAGCCUCAUGGUUACCGUCCUCAAUCGGGACACAAGGCACAGCUACAAUCUGCACUACAUUGCCGCCGAGCUGCUGCUCAGCGUCCAGGAGUCGAACAUCUACUAUGGCCUGGGCAGCGGCUCGCUGAACCGUUGGCGUCACAUCACCCGGGAUCUGCACAUCGAUGUGCAGAAGGGCAUCGUCAUGGGCGACAAGCGGUCGCCGUUGAAGGUGCGUCGCAGCGAUCUGGAGGUGCUAUCGAUUGCCUUCCUCGGCAUUGGCUUCUACGACAAUGUCACGCUCUCGACGAGCGAUCAUCUGUCGCAUUUCUACGAUGCCGCCGAAUGGUUUGUGCACAAUCAGGAUCUCAAAACGGGUGGCUGGACGAAUCCCGUGCGUCGCAAUCUCAACGGAUUUGCCGAGCUGCGUCCCGGCUGGAUAUCGGCCAUGGGUCAGGGCCACGCCAUUUCGGUGCUGGCGCGUGCCUACUGGCAUUCUGGCGGAGAUGUGCGCUACCUCAAGGCAGCAGCGCUGGGCCUGCAGCCGUAUCGCAUCAAGUCCCGGGACGGUGGUGUUCUGGCCCAAUUCAUGGACAAAUAUUAUUGGUACGAAGAGUAUCCCACGACGCCGGCAUCGUAUGUGCUCAAUGGUUUCAUCUACUCACUGCUCGGUCUCUACGAUCUGAAUAGCACGGCACCGGGUAAGAUUGCCCGGGAGGCGGGCAAACUCUUUGCCCAGGGCAUGCACUCGCUGAAGAAGAUGCUGCUGCUCUACGAUACUGGUUCCGGCACCAGCUAUGAUCUGCGACAUCUCAGUCUGGGCAUUGCACCGAAUCUGGCACGCUGGGAUUAUCAUGCGACGCAUGUGAAUCAGCUGCUCCUGCUGGCCACCAUUGACAGCGAUCCGCUGAUCGCUCAGACAGCCGAACGCUGGAAGGGUUACAUGUUUGGCAAGCGGGCCAAACACAACUGAGAACGAAGGAAGCUGGCGGCGGUGGCUGCGGCAGCAUCGUGGCAGCCACAUCGUCGCCGCCGCCUGCUGAACGACGAUGAGGAGGAGAAGCAGAAGCAGGAGGAGUAGGAGACCCAACCAAACAAGUGAUAUUUUUUGUAAAAACCAUUCGAAAUGGUUGCGUCUAUGCCGCGUCUCUUUCCACUUUAGAUUUAGUACCAACUGGCAGCGAAUUUGAUUUUAUUUUUGAUGGGAAUGCUUUUCCAUAUUCGUCCCGCAUAUGUGCUUAACUUGUUUCAGUUACUAUUAACUGUUAGCUGUUAGCUGUUAGCUAUAAGGCUAUAUAAUUGUACCUAUCUUCUUCGUGUAUACCUUAUUAUUGCAUAAUCAUUAUUAGCGUUAGUUAUUACGAUCGAUCGAUUAACAUCUGACUAACUAUGUUUGUUGACUAUAGCCAAAUUGUUUCCUACGUAGUUGCACGCGUAUAUUUCACUGGACAAUAUCGGACACAUAACAUUUAUCAUAAUAUAAAACUUAACUUAACGAAAAGUGAUCUUUGGCACGUCGUAGCUUAAAUACCCCAUAAGGAUUAGCAUUAGCUGACUACGGAUGUAUCGAGAACUUGUCACACUUUUGUAUCGUAGUCAGCGAUUUGUUUUUUUUACUGCUCUUACUAAGUAGAGAUCGUUACACUCACGCCACUUGUAUAAAGUAAAAUGUAGAGCUU